CGGAUGCUGUGCUGUAGCCCAGUAUAGGAUGGUUAUUUUGCGCGUGGACCCAGCGGAAAGAGUCUCAUGGUAUAACUCCGAGUAUACUCUGAGCACGCUUGUGGCUUCCAUCUUGGUCCAAUCUUUCUUUUCCUGGCGUAUCAAGAAGGCGAUCGGGAUGUGGGUGGCAUUGCCCCUAAUUCUGCUUAUCUUGCUUGAGUUUGGCUUCGGACUUGGGGUGUAUAUUCGAGCGCAAAUCCAUGCGGACGCACUCGAACUUCCCGAGUGGGACCGGAACUCGAUUAUUGGUUGGUCUGCAACCCAAGUCGUCAUAGAUAUCUUAAUUGCAUCCAUAAUGAUUGUGGAGUUGCAUCGCAAUCGAACUGGAACCCCAAGGAUGGACAGAGAGAUUUUGAUCAGGAAUGCGAUUCAGGGCAGCAUAGCUACGAGUAUUCUUGCUAUGACGAUGCUAUUCCCGUAUGUCUUGUAUGGGAUGCACUUCCUGCAUAUGUGGUCUGUAGCGGCAUUGGGUGGAGUAUACCCCAUCUAUCUGCUAGCAAACUUGCAUGCUCGUAGUCAGGCUCGACAAUACCUAAUAUUAGGAUCCGCGGUGGACGUUGAACAACCACAAUCAAUUGACCUACCCAAAGUGCCGAGUGAGGUAAAUAAUUGGGAUUCAAUACAACCCCCCUCGGCAUGUAAAGUUAAGCUCAGGGUUCACGGUCUGAGUUCAUAAUUGGGACCCAAAGGACAUCGCGUGUCUUCUUUUUCCCUUUUAUGACUGUCCACCCGAUUCUAUUAGUUUCUUUUAGCGUUCACAGGGGUGGUGGAGUUAUCAUUCCGCCAAGUGUAGUCUGAAUCAUCCCAAAUACCUAGUCCCUCCCCCUUUGCCCACCCGAAACUCGCUCAGCGUCUGCUUUGUAUUCUACUCAAAGGUGGCAGACUGAAGUCUCAACAACUUACUGCGAUGAAAGUGUUUUUCAGCUGACUACGUGAUCCAGCAUUAUACUACCUCCAACAGAGCUGGGCCCUGUAACUCCCCUCGAGCUCGCUGCUGCCUUGGAGGGAGAGAGAAUUAAGGCUGGACCAUUGAUCGCCGCACGAGUCACCAUUGCAUGUAUGAAGCACCU